ACUACGGAAAAUGCGGAUAGACGCUCAGAUUAUGUGGCUAAUCAUCGUGUUGUUCUCGCUUCUGGCAUCCGCAACUGGCAGUCACUAUCGAACCCGACGGAAGCAGAGGCAGGCGUUGGAUUCAAGAUUAAUAAAACGAUACGCUGGUGCCGGAGAAGGGCGAUCUACUUGCGACAUGAACGAUCAGGACAAUUUAUCGCCGAUAAAGCCAAUGUCAAAUCCCGGCAAUGCUAAGCAACGUGCCUCCGGAAUUGCCAUGCAGGCUGCCAGUGAGGCGAAAAAGGCCAACGAGGAUAUGGCCGCGGCCGUAAAGGUGGCCGCUGAUAAAAUAAAAAACGAAUAUGCCGAAAAAGCAACCGCUGCUGCCAAAGCAGCCGAAGCAGUGCUCUCUGGGAAGAGUCAAGUGCUGGAGCAAUUGGAAGCUGAGGUCAGGGAGGCCGAAAUGGUAGUUCAAGAGGAGAAUCAAGAACUGACCACCGCCGAGGCGAAUGCACAACUUGCCACUAAGGCUCUCAAUUUGGGGCAUCAGGAGCUUAAGACGCUAACCGUAAGCCUGAAAUUUGCCAAAGACAACCGGGAGAUCUCGGAACAAGUACACGCAGUGUGGCAACAAUCGCUGUGCGACAAAACAGCUCUCCUCGAAGCUGCCCAGCGAAGGGUUAGUGUGCUGAUGCGACAGCUAAGCGAAGCUCGAAUAGAUUUUGAAAAGACCAAGAAGUCAGCACUCAAUGCAGCCAGAGCCGCCCAAGAAGCCAAGCAACGAAUAGAGCACCCAGAAAGUUGUAAUGAAUCCGGACGCGGAAGAAUUUGUCGAGAUUGGCGGCAGUACAACGAAAACCACUGAUUUACCAUUAUAUUUUAGUUAAAAAAAAACAAUAAGAAAUUAGUUU